AGAAAUCCGAAACCCCUAAACCCUAACUCAUUUCCAAUAUCACAUUUUCUGAACUCACUCCAUUCGCAACGAUGGCGACACAGAUCUUCUCUCGAGUCAUUCCCAAAACCCAAACCCUAACUUCCCUCUUCUCUCGCUCACUCUCCACCACCACCACCACCACCACAACCACCGUCCCCUCUUCCUCCGCCAUCUCUCUCCUUCGCCGCCUCCGUCCUCUUUCCACCGCUUCCCUCACCCCCCGCCGUGUCCUCCUUCUCCCUAACUCCUUCCGCUCUUUCUCCACACGCGCUACCACCUCCUCACUCAACGACCCUAACCCUAACUGGUCUAACCGUCCCCCAAAGGAAACCAUCUUGCUCGAUGGAUGCGAUUUUGAGCACUGGCUUGUGGUUAUGGAGAAACCUGAAGGUGAUCCCACUAGAGAUGAAAUCAUUGACAGUUACAUCAAAACACUGGCACAGGUUAUCGGUGGAAGUGAGGAUGAAGCAAGGAUGAAGAUAUAUUCUGUUUCCACGAGACACUACUUUGCUUUUGGAGCUCUUGUGUCUGAAGAGCUUUCCUACAAACUUAAAGAGCUUCCCAAAGUUCGAUGGGUUCUACCUGAUUCAUAUUUGAAUGUGAAGGAGAAAGAUUAUGGAGGUGAGCCCUUUAUUAAUGGGCAAGCUGUUCCUUAUGAUCCCAAGUACCAUGAGGAGUGGGUUAGGAACAAUGCCCGUGCAAAUGAAAGGAACAGGCGCAAUGACAGACCUCGUAAUGCUGACAGGUCAAGAAACUUUGACAGGAGAAGGGAAAAUGUGGUGAACAGAGAUAUGCAGACUAGGCCUCCAAUGCAGAAUGCUGGGCCUAAUAUGGCUGGUCCACCUCACAAUGCAGGUGGAUUUCCUCCCAACAAUGCAGGUGGAUAUCCUCCCAACAAUGCUGGACCAUUUCCUCCCAACAAUGCAGGUGGUUUCCCUCCCAAUAAUGCAGGCGGGUACCCUCCUAACAAUGCUGGCGGAUAUGCUCCACCCCCUCCUAGCAACCAAGGUGGGUACGCCCCUCCAAAUGCUGGUGGAUACGCUCCUCCAAAUGCGGGCGGAUAUGCUCCUAACAACACAACAGGCGGUUACCCUCCCCCCAAUAUGGGUGGCCCUCCUUCUAACAUGGGCAGACCCCCUCCUCCUCCUAACAGUGGAUAUGGUAACUACCCUGGCAACAAUGGAGGUGUGCAACAAAACCAGAACAUGGGAGGGUUGCCUCCAAAUGCAGGAUGGGCAAAUAAUCAGUAGACUCUCAUCAAAUAAAUCCGAUUCUCUGAUGUGUUCUGGUUAGUCCUCUCCUUCAACCCUCUCAGCUUGGUACACACCAAACUGUGAGCUAGUUAUAAGUUUCUUAGCCAGCAUAGAUUAUGUAAAAAUAUAACAAAUAGGCCUUGACAUUUUGUACAAGAGUCUUGAUUUGAUCCACUUUUCUAUUUUCUAUUGAAGUAUGUGACUUGGAAA